AUGACGACGAGGCCGCAUCAGGCCAUCACUCUCUCCCUCAGAGGCCUAGGGCUCCCGCACAAAGGUUUCCAUUCGAGCAGGAGGACCACCACCAUGGAGGAUCUACAUUCGAGCACUAGGAUCAGCGUGGAGAUUUAUGUACUAAUGACUGGUGAAGAUGUUGCAUCAUUGGGACCACAAGAAGUCACCAAGACCCAUCAGUUGUUCGACUGGGCUAAGAAAUCUGAUAGGGGUUUGCUCCUCUUCAUAAAUGAAGCAAAUGCUUUCUUGUGUGAGUAA